GUCACUUUCGGUUUUGCUUUGGUCUGCUCUUCGCGUUAUUUUUAGCCGCCUUUUUCGCCGAAAAGUUUCAUUUUCGUGGCUAAAAAAAUUCUGAACUUCCCAUAAAAUCCGACCGGUUGGUAAAUCACCAACACACGCAACUAUUUAAGGUGACAGCAACGGCAUCCGGUUUUCCGGGUGACUAAUUUUGGGAGUUUUGUGACCCACGCAGCGAUAUUAUAAUGAGGCUGCUCUACGUGUUUAUUUUGAUUUUGGCCGUGCGUUUGGCUUCCGUUUUCGUGGUCCAAACUUAUUACGUUCCGGAUGAAUAUUGGCAGAGUUUGGAGGUGGCCCACAAACUGACCUUUGGCUAUGGCUACCUGACUUGGGAGUGGGUUCAGGGCAUUCGCAGCUAUGUGUAUCCCCUGCUGAUUGCCGGACUGUACAAAAUCCUGGCCCUCCUGCAAUUGGAUAGUGCUCAACUUCUGGUGGUGGUGCCGAGGAUUAUCCAGGCCUUCCUAUCAGCCUACUCGGAUUAUCGCUUCUUUGUGUGGACUGGCAAGCGAAAGUGGGCACUUUUUUUGAUACUAGUUCCCUGGUUCUGGUUCUACACGGGUUCCCGAACUCUAGCCAAUACCUUGGAGGCCUCUCUGACGACGAUUGCCUUAAGUUACUUCCCUUGGUAUGGUGAAUCCACUGGUUAUCUGUGGCCAGCUGCCAUCUGCUGCUUCUUGAGACCCACAGCUGCUGUGAUUUGGCUUCCAUUAUCCCUAUAUCAUCUGCGCAAGAGUCGGCAGAACGUGCUGGAGCUGAUCCUUAAGCGAUUUGUGCUGAUUGGUUUACUCGUUGCUGGUCUUGGAAUAGCCAUCGACACCUACUGGCAUGGCCAGCUGAUAGUCACCCCGUACGAGUUCCUUAAGUACAAUAUUUUCAACAAUAUCGGCAGCUUCUAUGGCUCGCAUCCUUGGUACUGGUACUUCACCGUGGGAUUGCCCACAGUACUUGGAAUCAAUACGUUGCCCUUCAUCUUUGGUAUUAUGGAAACUGUGAGGAAAUCGGAGAAGUAUCCUGUUAGCAAGCAGCUUUUGAUUACCAUAUUUCUGACUCUGGUGGUUCUGAGUACCGUUGAGCACAAGGAAUUCCGAUUUGUGUCCUCUCUGCUGCCGCUCUGUUUGUAUGUCAUUACUGAUGCAUUGUCACGAUGGAGUUAUCGAGCCUCUCGAACAAUGCUGUGGACAACUGCCUUGGUGAUCCUGAUUGGCAAUGUUUUGCCCGCCUGGUACUUGAGCACAGUCCACCAGAAGGGACCAAUCGAGCUGAUGCCCAAGUUAAGGGAGAUUGCCCAGGAGUACAGGGAUGAACGCGAGCAUCAAGCCAAUAUUCUCUUCCUGAUGCCCUGCCACUCCACACCGUACUACAGUCACAUUCACCAAAAUGUCACCAUGAGGUUUUUGACUUGCGAACCCAACCUGGAAAAGAAGGAGCAGUACAAGGACGAGGCCGAUCACUUCUUUGAAGACCCUGUGCACUGGAUCAACUCUCAUAUUCCUGUGCACCCGCUCACUGCUUUGCCCACGCAUGUGGUUCUUUUCGAUCCGCUGGCCGAGAAUAUAAGCGUUUUCCUUCGCAACUAUCGGCUGCUCCAUCGUAUCGAGCACGCAGAGGUAAUCCAUCUGGAGGGCUCGCAGGCUCUGGUGGACGAGUGGUCGCAGGCACUGGGCGCCCAGUCACCUAAUCUUGCCUCUCUCUUACAGCAUCGCCAAUCGCGCACUGGCCGUUCCAUUUUGGUUUACCAGCGAUUGAAGAAGGGAGAAGAGAAUGCAUUUAAUCGUGAAGAAAAUCAGGUGGAGCCGGAAGUCCACGAUCAUCCGCCGCUAGAGGAUCUUCCCUUGGCCAACGAGAAUCUUUUUAAUUAGAUGAUAGAGCUAAAUAAACCCAAGCCCACCUCCUAAGCCCUCCGUUCAAAAGCAAGAAGCAAUGACACACUUAAUAUUAACUUGAAAGUACAGACGUAUAUUUUGUAUCCAUUUUUGGCCUUAGAAAAAGUUUUUAAAACGUUGUCGCCCGAGGAGAACAGAAGUAGGUCGGAGAAGAUAUAUAUUCUUAGGCGCAUUUUGUGUACUUCGUGCUAGUUGAUAAUGUGUAAGCCAUCUGAUUAAUUAGACGGUAACGAUCUAACUAGAGGCAAUAUAUUUUACGUAGUCGAUACACACUUGAUCUGUCCUUUCUUUAAUUUCUAGAAAUAAAGGUUCAGUUAAGUGAAUCAAAAA